UCGCAGAGUCCAGUUGUUUGGCACAAGAGACGGGCAUCAGCUUUGACCAGAUAUGGUGUGAAGCAAGGCAGCAGGAGCCUGCUCCGAGCUCAGCUUGUAGACGCCGUCACAUUCUGUCAAAACGGACUCAGGAGAGACAGAAGUGGACCUCAUGCAUUCGGAAACCUUAGCGGUUCCUUGGGGCAUCAACAAUCAGAGGAACGAUGAUGAGGCGGUGGUGGACAGAGGAGGGACGCGGCCCCAGCAGAGAACCAACUUUGAGCAGGAGGAUUUUGAAGGCCACAAGACUCUGUACAUUGGUGUCCAUGUCCCGUUGGGCAGCAUGAGGCACCGCAGCCAUCGCAGACAUCGUCACCAUGGAAGCAAACACUGGAGGAGGACCAGGCAGCGGACCCUCCCCUUGGUGGAGGGCAAAGAGUCUCCAGUUUACGACACUCCCUCCCAGAGAGUGCAGUUCCUACUGGGGACAGAAGAUGAUGACGAGGAGCACAUCCCUCAUGAUCUUUUCACAGAGAUGGAUGAGAUCUGCGUGAGGAGCGGAGAGGAUGCUGAGUGGAGGGAGAGCGCCAGGUGGCUGAAGUUUGAGGAGGAUGUUGAGGAUGGAGGCGAGAGAUGGAGUAAACCCUACGUAGCCACGCUGUCUCUACACAGUCUGUUCGAGCUGCGCAGCUGCAUCAUCAACGGCACCGUGCUGCUCGACAUGCGGGCUAGCACCAUUGACGAGAUAGCAGCCAUGGUGUUAGACCACCAGGAGUUAUACUCACCCCUCGGAGACGAGCUCAGAAAGAAAGUGCGUGAAGCCCUGCUGAAGCAGCACCAUCAUCAGAACCACAAGAAGCUGGCGAGUCGCCUGCCUCUUGUGCGCUCCAUCGCUGACAUCGGCCGACGGUCAUCAGAGCACCACCUGGACAAAAAUGGUCAGCUGUCGGCCUCCCAGCCUCACUUAAGCAGCUCAGAUGGAAAAGGCGACGCCAGUAAAGAAAACAGCUCUGUGGACUUCAGCAAGAUAGACCUUCAUUUCAUGAAGAAGAUCCCAGCGGGGGCCGAGGCGUGUAAUGUGUUGGUGGGAGAGCUGGAAUCUCUGAACAAACCGGUGGUGGCGUUUGUCCGCCUGUCCCCCGCCGUGCUGCUCAACGGGGUGGCUGAAGUGCCCAUCACCACAAGGUUUCUGUUUAUUCUCCUAGGGCCCUUGGGCAAAGGGCCUCAGUAUCAUGAGAUCGGGAGGUCCAUCGCAACGCUGAUGACUGAUGAGGUUUUCCAUGAUGUUGCCUACAAAGCUAAAGACCGGAAUGAUCUGAUCGCUGGGAUUGAUGAGUUCCUUGAUCAAGUGACCGUUCUGCCUCCGGGAGAAUGGGAUCCAUCCAUACGGAUAGAGCCUCCAAAAAAUGUUCCUUCUCAGGAGAAAAGGAAGAAGUGCAACAUUUUAGCAAAUGGAUUAGUGGAGGGUGAAGAGGAAGAAGAACCCGGUGGCCAUGGCGGACCAGAGCUGCAGCGUACUGGAAGGUAUUUUGGUGGUCUCUUUCUAGACAUCAAGCGCAAAGCCCCCCACUACCUGUCCGACUACACUGAUGCUUUCAGUUUGCAGUGUGUCGCCUCCUUCUUAUUCUUGUACUGUGCCUGCAUGUCUCCUGUCAUCACCUUUGGAGGACUGCUGGGCGAGGCAACAGAAGGGCGAAUAAGUGCAAUUGAGUCCCUGUUUGGAGCCUCGCUGACUGGAAUAGCGUAUUCCCUGUUUGCCGGUCAGCCCCUCACCAUUCUGGGAAGCACAGGGCCUGUGCUCGUGUUUGAAAAGAUACUGUUUAAAUUCUGCAAGGAGUAUGGCUUGUCCUACCUGUCACUGAGGACCUGCAUUGGUCUGUGGACGGCUUUCCUCUGCAUUUUCCUGGUGGCCACAGAUGCCAGCUCCCUUGUUUGUUACAUUACUCGCUUUACAGAAGAAGCUUUCGCCUCGCUCAUCUGCAUCAUUUUCAUAUACGAAGCCUUGGAGAAACUUUUCCACCUGGGAAAACACUAUCCCUUUAACAAGAACAACAACCUGGACAAACUCACCACAUACUCAUGCUCCUGCGUCGAGCCUUCGGAUCCCACCAACGCCACUCUGAAGAACUGGGAGAUCAACAACGUCACUGCUUCGGAAAUCUAUUGGGAAGCCCUGGAGGUGAAGGACUGUAUUGAGAAGCAGGGGGAGUUUGUGGGCAGCGCCUGCGGCCCCCACGGGCCCUACGUCCCUGAUGUUCUCUUCUGGUGCGUCGUUCUCUUCUUUUCCACGGUCUUCAUGUCUGCCUUCCUCAAGGACUUCAAGUUCAGCAAUUAUUUCCCCACAAAGGUGCGGGCCAUCAUCAGCGACUUUGCCGUUUUCUUCACUAUUUUCACCAUGGUCUUCGUUGACUAUAUGCUAGGAAUCCCAUCUCCAAAACUAAAGGUUCCAAGUGUUUUCAAGCCAACCAGAGAUGAUCGAGGUUGGUUCAUCCACCCACUGGGCCCCAACCCCUGGUGGACGACAAUCAUAACAGUGGUACCAGCUCUGCUUUGUACCAUCCUCAUCUUCAUGGACCAACAGAUCACAGCUGUCAUCAUCAACAGGAAGGAACACAAACUCAAGAAAGGCGGCGGAUACCACCUUGACCUGUUCAUGGUCGGGGUGAUGCUCGGCGUGUGCUCUCUGAUGGGUUUGCCGUGGUUCGUAGCCGCCACCGUCCUCUCCAUCAGCCACGUCAACAGCCUGAAAGUGGAGUCAGAUUGUUCAGCUCCCGGAGAGGUGCCCAAAUUCCUCGGUAUCCGAGAACAACGCGUUACAGGCCUGAUGAUCUUCACCCUCAUGGGCUCCUCCGUCUUCAUGACAUCAGUGCUAAAGUUCAUUCCCAUGCCAGUGCUGUAUGGAGUAUUCCUCUACAUGGGAGCAUCGUCUCUCAGAGGCAUUCAGUUUUUUGAUCGUCUCACAUUGUUUGGUAUGCCGGCCAAGCAUCAGCCAGACUUCGUCUACCUGCGCCACGUACCCCUGAGGAAGGUGCACCUCUUCACCAUCAUCCAGCUGACCUGUCUGAUCCUGCUGUGGGUCAUCAAGACCUCCAAGGCUGCCAUUGUCUUUCCUAUGAUGGUGUUGGCUCUGGUCUUCAUAAGGAAGCUGAUGGACUUGUUCUUCACCAAGAGGGAGAUGAGCUGGCUGGAUGAUCUCAUGCCAGAGAGCAAGAAGAAGAAGCUUGAAGAUGCUGAGGAGGAGGAGGAGCAGAGCAUGGUAGAUGAAGAGGAAGAAGAAGAAGAAGUCGCGCAAGUGCCAUUAGGAGGAUACCAAGGAAUACCCGUCAUAAACAUCACAGAUGAAAUGUCAAAAGGGUCUUUUGGAAACACUUGGAACGCCAGCAGUUAGAAAUAAGAACAAGAGCAAACUCGGUGAGAUCUGCUGCUAUUCGGCUGCAAAGUCCCAAAGGCGUCUGGCUGCAUUGUGUGCAGAUAUUUUGAAGAGGUCAUCAGUUCCAGCUGUAUUUACAUACAUCAUUCUAUAUCUGCUUAAUCUACGUACAUUUAGUUUUCUCUUUGGACUUUGACAUGUAACCAGUCCGCUCCCAGUUCUUCCCCAGAAAGUAAGAGUGCAAGGUGAAAAACAUGAGCGGGGUAGUGAAAGCGUUGUGAGUAUUUCAUUGCUGACCCAGUUGUGCGUCAGGACAAGAAAUCUGCAUUGUGUCCUGCAGCUCAUCGAUCCUCGUGAAUCCACGUGUAAGUGAAUAAAUGUUUUAUGUGGCCCGUCACAAAUACCCCGUUCAUGAAGCAAUAAAACCUGUAGAAUUCCAUGUUGUUGAAGUCUUACUGAGCAUUCUCUACACAAAUUUUGACUGAAUGUAAUCUGCUGAAGCACAGAUGUGUGAUGUCGCCUAUUUUGAGUUUAUUGUAUGUGAGUACAGAAUAAAAAUACUGUUUAUUUCAGAGGAACCAAAUGCAAUAGUGCAGUAGUACCCUAUUUGUAUAAGAAAUUAUUUACUUAUAGCCAAUAUAUUUUUUGUGGUAUUGUUUUAUAUUAAUUUUGUGUUUGCUGCGGAGUACGUCAUUUUCUGUUUUUCGCUUUCUAGUAUCAGUCAGAUGCUUCUGUUUUAAAUGUACAUAGAAUUCGAUGAUCCUGGUGUGUGUAAUAUUUGUCCAAAGUUUACGGUGUCACUACAUUACAUUUAGUAUUAUAAUAAAGGUAUUUUUAAAUACUUUGGA